AUGGAGAUCGAGCGGGCGGUGUGCGACAGCGGCGAUGCCCGGCUGCGCGCCAAGUUCGACGCCGCCGUCUAUACCAUCCACCGCGCCUUGGCGCUGUACUCGUUCGAGGAACUUGCUUUCAGCUUCAACGGCGGGAAAGAUUCAACCGUGAUGUUGCAUCUGCUUCGGGCUGGCUACUAUCUGCACAAGGCAACAAGUUCAGGCCAUGUGGGCAUAACUGUCCAUCAUGCCGUUCAAAACUGCCCGAUGCGGACAAUCUACUUCGAGGACCCUAACACCUUUCCUGAAAUCGACUCGUUCACGUACGAGACCGCGUCGACAUACGGCUUGCCACUGGAAACAAUUAGGACAGAUUAUAAAUCUGGGAUUGAAGCCCUGAUUAAGGAGAAGCCCACCAAAGCAAUCUUCCUUGGCACCAGAAACGGCGAUCCGGAUGCGGUUGGUCAACAGCAGUUCUCCCCAAGCUCACCUGACUGGCCUCCUUUCAUGAGGGUGAACCCUAUCUUGGACUGGUCCUACAGCGAUGUUUGGUCUUUCCUAUUAACCUGCAAGGUCAAAUACUGCAGUCUCUAUGAUGAAGGGUACACUUCUAUUGGCAGCAUACAUAACACUGUUCCAAACGAGCUUCUGCGUGAUGGAUCGGGCGGGUAUAGACCGGCAUACACGCUGUCAGAUGGGGGUCUUGAAAGGGCUGGUAGAGCAAAGAAGGCUGGGAAGAAAAACGAUUCCGUUAUUAAUGGCAGGAACAACAAUGAACCACGGCAGAGGAGUAGGCUGUAG